GAACUAAAGAGAAGUAGAGACACGUUGUUUGGGAUAGACAACACAGACCGUGACGCGUGAGGGUGGCGACUGGUCACAGUCCCAUAAGAAGAAAGUUGAAAGCAGAAGGCAGAGUCAGAUAAAGAAAGGGUUCGUUCGGUCAACGGAAAACACACGGACACCGAAAUUCGAGAGAGAGAGAGAGAGAGAGAGAGAGAGGUUGAUUGAUCGAUGGCGGCUGCGACGACGUCAUAUCUAUCGCCGACGCAGAAGUACGCUGCAGGAGCCCUCUUCGGGCUUGCCCUUCACCAGGCCCACCUUCACCAGACCCACCCCCUUGGUUUGCAUUUCUAUUCCGACGACGAUCAACCCUCCACCAGCGACUCCGCCGCAGUUUCCGAGGAUCCCCACCUUUGGGUCCACCACUCCUCCGGUCUCCUCCACCCCGUUUUCAAGUAUCUAGAUAUUGAUUCUGGGGCUUGGUCUGGACUUGAAGAAACUGCUGGCUCUUCUUCUGCUUCGCGUCAUGUGGGACCCUUCUUGAGAUUAUUAUCAGCAGAUUUUGAUGAUGAUUCUCAAAGGUCAGAUCAAGAACUUGCUUUGUCAGAAGCUGUUGAUGCAAUGGCAUGUACCCUGGAAAAAAUUCAAGAGUCUUCAGUGUCUAAAAGAGAGAAGAUCCGUGAAUACGAGCACCAAUGUCGUGAAAAGUUUUCAAAUUCAGAAGCUCCAUCAGAGUCUGAGAAGGAAGAUAUGCAUUUCGAAACUCCGCACAUGCCUGAAACACCUUAUUUUGAUUGUAAAAACCCACCUCAGGGAUCUACUAUUAACAAAAUUGAUGAAAGUCCAAUUGAAGAGGUAACAAUGCUCAGCUAUCAAAGGAAAAUAACAGUUCUCUAUGAACUGCUCACUGCUUGCUUGUCAGAUUUAGGUGAAGGAAACAAGAAAUAUACUCGUAGAAGAAGGGGUUAUGAUGCUCGACAACGUGUGGCUCUUCGCUUGCUCACAACUUGGCUUGAUAUCCAGUGGAAAAAAAUGGAAGCCAUUGAGACUAUAGUUGCCAGUUCUGCAAUGGCUUUAAUUAAAGAGCAAGAAUCAAAUAAAGAGGAAUCUCAAUCAAAAGAAAGCAAAUGGGCUAAAUGGAAGCGAGGUGGUAUUAUAGGUGCAGCUGCAAUAACAGGGGGAGCUUUAAUGGCUAUUACCGGUGGAUUAGCUGCCCCAGCAAUUGCUGCAGGACUUGGUGCCAUGGCUCCAACUUUGGGUACUUUGAUCCCUAUAAUUGGAGCUGGUGGAUUUGCUGCAGCUGCUAGUGCUGCUGGAACUGUUGCUGGUUCUGUUGCUGUUGCUGCAUCAUUUGGAGCUGCUGGAGCUGGACUUACUGGAACCAAAAUGGCUAGGAGAGUUGGGAGUGUGGAUGGGUUUGAAUUUAAAGCUAUAGGAGAAACCCAUAACCAAGGUAGGCUAGGGGUUGAGAUCCUGAUCUCUGGAUUUGUCUUUGAGGAGGAGGAUUUUAUAAGGCCAUGGGAUGGAUUAAAUGACAACCUGGAGAGGUAUGCACUGCAGUGGGAGUCCAAGAAUCUAAUUGCCGUGAGCACUGCGAUUCAGGAUUGGCUUACUUCAAGAAUUGCGAUGGAGCUGAUGAAGCAAGGUGCAAUGAUGACUGUUAUGAGUGCACUUUUAACUGCAUUGGCUUGGCCAGCUACCUUACUUGCAGCAACUGAUUUCAUAGACAGCACGUGGACAAUCGCUAUUGACAGAUCAGACAAGGCUGGAAAGUUGCUUGCUGAAGUGUUGUUGGGAGGAUUGCAGGGAAAUAGGCCUGUGACACUUGUAGGUUACUCACUUGGGGCCAGAGUUAUUUACAAAUGUCUAGAGUGCUUGGCUGAAACAGAACACAGUGCUGAACUAGUAGAAAGAGUUGUUCUUCUUGGAGCACCCAUUCCAAUCAAGGAUGAGAACUGGGAAGCAGCUAGAGAGAUGGUAUCAGGAAGAUUUGUAAAUGCUUAUUCAAGGAAUGACUGGAUGCUUGGAGUUGCUUUCCGUGCCAGUCUGCUUUCUCAAGGAUUAGCUGGAAUCCAACCAGUUGAUAUUCCUGGUAUCCAAAAUGUUGAUGUGACAGAUCUUAUUUACGGUCAUUCUUCUUAUCUUUGGGCCACACAAAAGAUCUUAGACCAACUUGAAUUAGAUUCCUACUAUCCUGUAUAUAAUAGCAUUCUUUGUCAUUUCUGAUCACCCCUCCACCCUCUCUUUUAUUCCUUGUUUGACAGUGGAGCAAGUACAUAAUAUGGGGGUGUGGAAACUACUAAAUACAUAUAAAGAAGGAUACAAGAGGAAUGAGAAGAUAUUUUAAUGCAA